CUCGUCCGUUUGUCCCUAAUCAUCUGGGGGUGGAUCCAAGGUGGCGAAUGACAGCAGUGCACAUAAGACAUGUGAUUAUACAUAUAUAUGUUGCUGGCAGGAUAAGAUAUAGUGGAGAGAGAAAAUAAUGAGCAUAUGAUGGAAUCAUUACACAACCGGAGAUAUUUAUCGUCUUGAAAAAAAAAUCCCUGUAUGAAUCGUCUUCCCCAACAAGUUUCUCGGGAAAAUAAACGCAUUUCUCAGCGGAAUAGAGCGAUGCUGUGAGCUCGCGACUUGUGGGGAUCAGUGAAUAUCGUUAACGAAUUCAAGAGAGAGAGAGAGAGGGAGGCCCUUUGUGUUUCGGUCACCGUGGAAUGCUUUCAAUGAGAAGUGGAUGCCCAGUGUAAAUACAAGCGAUAAACACAAGAUAUCGACCCAUUGACUAGUAUUGACCAAUAUAAACAUUGAGGCUGACGUCCUUAUCAUAGGAGAUUUUAAUUUUUUUCAAUUAAUACUUCAACGGAUUGCUUCUUAAUUCACGGUAAUGACCUAAUCAUCAAAAGACCAUUUUGUGUGAUACACCUUGUACUGACCAAGUGUAAUGUGAUAUGGAGACCAUUAAAUAAAGCUAUGAAGAUCUAUGUGACGUUGAGAAAUGGAGGGGACUCGCAUUUAUAAGAACUUUCAUCAGUGGUUGCUGCCCCCUCGGGCUGUCGUGGGGGUACUGGGGCUAGCCUCUGUCUUUGUGUUUGUGGGUAUUGUGCUGCUGGCUAUUGGAAGUCCGGGAUUAACGGUAGGAGGGGCGAUAUUUUUCGGUAUUGGCCUGAUCCUGAUUUUGAUCUGCCUGCUGUUGUGUAUGCACGCCUGUUUUGUACUGUACGUCAAAGACGAAGCCACGCAAACCCAAGCUGUAAGUUUUAAUGACACCACAAUUUCAGACAACAAGAGAACUUCAGACUUUAUACCAACGUAUGCCGUCAUUGACAAAAAACCGCCACCUUCCCCAUCCAGUGUCCGUAAUGGUCGAAUCGGAGGGGGAGCAGGAGCAUCGAAAAAGUUUGUGACUCUCGGUGGGAACCCCCCUCCCAGUGCUACAGUAGUGACCUAUCAAGACAGGGGGAACUCGGUGCCAUAUCAAACUUCGCUGACAUAUCCUCCCGCAAUUGAAGGAGGUAAUCUUAAAUACUCAACAUACAAUGCGGGGCAACCCUCGUAUGAGUUUCAGCAACAACCACAGCAACAUUACUACACGCAGCAGCAGCAGCAGAAACAACAAAUCGCACGACAGCUAUUUCCGGUUAAUUCCUCGCAGCCGACUCCGUAUAGCACUUUAAGUUCAAGACAGCAACAAAGAUCUGAUAAUUAUGCUGUACAGGUCUAUCCCGGAUUUAGCUCGCGUUAUGAUGAAGAUUACGAUAAUCCGGGAGAUUCUACGCCAAUGUUAAACCAGCAGUCUCCUCGAUGGACAACUAACUCUUCUGUAGCAGACGACAUCCCCGAACCUACUCCUUUGGUGCAUCCGUCUGCUAAACGACCCAUGACGUUUGAUCAGGUUUCAUCAUCUAAGAUGAGCAUUUAUGACAAUGUACAAUUCGGGCUAAAUAAGUUGGAUGAAGAAGAAUGAUUGAUUUUGUACUUGACGCACUGAGUACCUUAUAACUAUUGUUAAUGUACGUUGUGUGUACCGUAGCAUUGUGUUUUUGCAUUAUAUUUUUACUAUGUUACAUAUAAUAAUAUUUACAUGUGAGUGGUAAGAAAAUGGAUCCGGAUAUAUAUACUCGUACAUACCUAUAUAAAUGAGCAUGGAACGUCUAGCUUGAGACUGAAAUUAAAUAUUUUGAGAGCAAAAAA